AAUUGUACAUAGUCAUAUAAUAGAGCUAAUCACGUUAUCGUCCCUAUCUAUGAUAUUUAUAUUCUCAUUAAAACUUGUCUAUGAUGUUUCGUUUUUUAAUCUAUGUAUAUAUCUGUGUACAGGCAACGAAGACAGUUCAUAUGCAAUCGUGGUGUGAACAAACACAUUCUAAUAAAUUAUCUAAUAUUUUCUGUUAAUGGUGGCUGCAUGUAAAUAAAUUCUAAGCAAUUAAUAUGUUAUACAAGCAAAGUGUACAAAAGUUACGAGAGCUUUUUUCUGUUUGUAAAAUCAAAAUUAAUUUUAAAAUAAUGAAUUUAUUGAAAAAUACUAGGUCUGGAUAUUUCAAUUUUGAGAUGUAUUACCCAAUAUGAUAUAUAUUCUUCUUGAAUUUUAUGUUCCACCAUAGCCAUGCAUGUUGAAAUAUUUACAGGUUUGAAAUAAUUAAUUACAGUGAGAAACGAAAUAUAUCAUGUAUGACUGAGCUGAUAUCCGAUUUUACUGUCCUAUGUUUUAUUGAGUAUACUAUGAAUAAUUUUUUUUUUAAAUAUGAAUUAUUUCAUUUUAUGAUAUCAUUAUCUCUCUCAUCAUAUUCGGUGACAUUCAGCUAUAAAUAUAUAUGUGUGUGUGUGUAUUAUCAAGGUUGUCUUAGCUCUGUGAAACUUGUUAAGGUCUCAUCUUUCUCUAUCUGUCUCCCCUCUUACUUUUUCUGCUAUCACCAUGGAAACUCAAGCUCCUGCUGAAGAUUCAUACGAUAAACUUGUGGAAGAGAAAAGAGCAAGAGAGAAAGAAAUCGACGCUUGGCUUCCGAUAACAUCAUCAAGAAAUGCAAAGUGGUGGUACUCUGCGUUUCACAAUGUCACAGCUAUGGUUGGAGCCGGUGUUCUUAGCCUCCCUUAUGCCAUGGCUCAGCUUGGCUGGGGACCGGGUGUGGUGAUUCUAAUUUUAUCAUGGAUCAUAACACUAUACACACUAUGGCAAAUGGUGGAGAUGCACGAGAUGGUUCCAGGGAAACGUUUCGACCGUUACCACGAGCUUGGACAACACGCGUUUGGAGAGAAGCUUGGACUCUACAUAGUCGUUCCGCAACAGCUGAUCGUGGAAGUCGGCGUUUGCAUCGUUUAUAUGGUCACAGGAGGAAAGUCUUUGAAGAAGUUUCAUGAUCUCGUCUGCAAGGAUUGUAAAUCGAUUAAACUCACUUACUUCAUCAUGAUCUUCGCAUCCGUACACUUCGUCCUCUCUCAUCUUCCUAACUUUAACUCUAUCUCUGGAGUCUCUCUUGCUGCCGCCGUGAUGUCUCUCAGCUACUCCACAAUAGCAUGGUCAGCCUCAGCCGCUAAAGGCGUUAAAGAAAACGUUGAAUACGGUUACAAAGCAAAAUCCACAGCAGGAACGGUAUUCAACUUCUUCAGCGCGUUAGGAGAAGUAGCGUUUGCUUACGCAGGACACAACGUUGUCCUAGAGAUCCAAGCCACGAUCCCAUCAACGCCUGAGAAGCCCUCGAAAGGACCUAUGUGGAAAGGAGUCGUGGUUGCUUACAUUGUCGUUGCGCUUUGUUACUUCCCCGUCGCACUUGUAGGUUACUGGAUGUUCGGUAACUCUGUUGAUGACAACAUUCUUGAAACACUCGAGAAACCGGCUUGGUUAAUCGCAACUGCAAACAUGUUCGUUGUGAUACAUGUCAUCGGUAGCUACCAGAUAUAUGCAAUGCCUGUUUUUGAUAUGAUGGAGACUCUAUUGGUUAAGAAGAUGAAUUUCAGACCGAGCUGGUAUCUCCGGUUCGUUGUCCGUAAUUUCUACGUUGCCGCAACAAUGUUUGUUGGUAUGACGUUUCCGUUUUUUGGCGGCCUAUUGGCGUUUUUUGGUGGAUUUGCGUUUGCUCCGACUACAUAUUUCCUUCCUUGCGUAAUGUGGCUUGCGAUAUACAAACCAAGGAGAUACAGCUUGUCUUGGUGGACCAACUGGAUAUGCAUUGCAUUUGGCGUUUGCUUGAUGGUUCUAUCGCCGAUUGGAGGGCUAAGGACAAUCAUUAUCCAAGCUAAGGACUACAAGUUCUACUCGUAAAUUACAAUACAAUUUAAAUUUGGAUCACAUAUAUGGUCUCUGAUACAUAUAUAUAUGUAGUAGCCUUUGAAGCUUUAAAGUUUGUUUACAAAGUUUAAAUUACACGUUUGAUUUGAAUUCUCACAAUGUUUGUUUUUUUUGAGUAUUUUUGAUUCGUUUCUAUUUGAAAAAAAAAAAUUUCUCAAAAGACCUUUCAUAUAAACU